AUCUGAGAUGCUAUACUUGUGGACUUUCGAAGAGAUUGGGAGUAGGAGCCAUUAAAUGGGGUUUCAGGCAAUGGCUUCACCAAAGGAAGGAGGACAAUCACCAUGGGUUCAGGCUUUGGUUCCGCAGGGUUCUCUUUAUAAUCUUACACUAGAUGAGGUGCAGAACCAGCUGGGAGAUCUAGGGAAACCCCUGAGCAGUAUGAAUAUGGACGAGCUACUUAAGAACAUCUGGUCGGCCGAGGCGAAUCAAUCAUUGGCUUUCUCCAUGGAGAAUCACAGUCAGGCGGGCCCGAAAUCGGUUUCCGUCAUAUAUGGCUUGCCCCAACAGGUGAGCUCAAACCUCACCCACGAAUUGAGCAAGAAGACUGUCGAUGAGGUGUGGAGAGACAUUCAGCAGUUGCAGAGGAAUAAUAACAAUGAGAAGCAAGUGCAAGACCAGCAACUUUCUGUGGGGGAGAUGACAUUGGAGGACUUCUUAGUGAAGGCGGGAAUCGUCUCCGAAGCCGGCACUAAAAAUGGAGGUAGUCGGAAGGGCGUGGAGCAUUUGGAGAUUGGUCAUGGUGGUGGCAGUGCUGCUAGUGUGUUGGGAAUCAAUCCAAUUGUUAGUCAGAAUUUUCAGAGACAGAGCCAGUGGCUAAUCACGUCCUCCAGUAGCCAACAGCUGGUUGAGCCAAGAGACCAAAAUUUGAUUGGUGCUUAUAUGCCUAACCACCCAAUCUCUGCGCCAUUGCCCGCCACCGCUGGUCCAGUUAUGGAGAUGAUGUUUACUGACAACGAUCAAAUGGCAGAGGCACAGUCACCAAACCGGAAAAGGUUUGCUUGUGGUGAAGUGAUUGAGAAAACAGUUGAGCGAAAACAGAAGAGGAUGAUUAAAAACAGAGAAUCUGCAGCUAGGUCGCGUGCCAGGAAGCAGGCCUAUACAAAUGAGUUGGAGAACAAGGUUUUGCGUCUGGAGGAGGAGAAUGAGAUGCUUCGACAGCAGAAGAAGUUGCAGAAUAUUCUGUAUGCAGCAAUACAGCCAGAGCCAAAGUACAAGCUCCGCAGGACCAACUCUGCUCCAUUUUGAUUCUCUGUCUAUUGAACUCCAUUUUGGUUCUGUGCCUAUAACAUUUGCAGAUUCAGAUAGCUUCAGUUGUUCAGAACAUGAGAGACUCCAGGAGUUCUGUCCCACGGUCCGUAGUGUGGUAAGCAGGGGCAUCUUUCUAGUGUGGCUUUUCUGCUUCGUCCUAUGUAAAUCUAUUUACGGCAUGCUGUGAAAUGAAUAUCAAUCUGUCAAGAGAAGUUUGGGUUAAAGUUAA